GAAUGGGCGUCCAUUUCUCCGGGAUCUGGUGGUCGACAACUCCGCUUAGAUCUCCCGGCCGCUCGGAUUCCGCAAACACUGUCUCGAUACCUCUCGCUUGAAGAUGGGGCUGUCUUUCACCAAACUCUUCAGUCGGCUCUUCGCCAAAAGGGAGAUGCGUAUUCUUAUGGUUGGUCUUGACGCUGCUGGUAAAACCACCAUUUUGUAUAAGUUGAAGCUUGGAGAGAUUGUGACAACCAUUCCAACCAUUGGGUUUAACGUGGAGACUGUCGAAUACAAGAAUAUCAGCUUCACUGUUUGGGAUGUUGGUGGUCAGGAUAAGAUCCGUCCAUUGUGGAGACACUACUUCCAGAACACGCAAGGCCUCAUCUUCGUGGUGGAUAGCAAUGACAGAGACCGUGUUGUUGAGGCAAGAGAUGAGCUUCACAGGAUGCUUAAUGAGGAUGAACUGAGAGAUGCAGUGCUGCUCGUCUUUGCGAACAAACAAGACCUUCCCAAUGCAAUGAAUGCUGCAGAGAUUACCGAUAAGCUUGGCCUCCAUUCUCUUCGGCAACGCCAUUGGUAUAUCCAGAGCACCUGUGCCACAUCAGGAGAAGGUUUGUACGAGGGAUUGGAUUGGCUCUCAAACAAUAUCGCUAACAAGGCGUAGAAAUUUCUCGUGGCCUUUGCUGCAUCUGAAGCUAAAAGAUAAGUACAUGAGCGUACUAUCUAGACGAACAUUAUAUUAUAAGCUUGUUUAUUACCCUGCUGCCAUUCAUAAUUCUAGAAUUUGUUAUUUAUUGUUUAGGAGGAGAUAUAUAUAAUCUUGACAUUGCUUUCACGUUCUUGGUUUUUGAAUUUAGUCAUGAUUGCGACUUUGUUC